GGGUUUUUUAACGCUGCAAUCCGGUGAUUAGGAGAGGUAUCUCAGUAUAGAGUCCGCACUGAAAUCUUUGAAGCUGUUUCAAUAAACCGCUGUCAAACUUCAAGUGCUGGUGCUUUUAAUUUGCCUCAACAAAAUCUUCAAAGAUUUCAAAGAUGUCCCAGAUAAAUGCUCCUACACCAAGCAUUGGUCGACCUUCAACCACGAAUGCAGGUUCGCAUAACUGUCAGGAAUGUGACCGUAACGAUUCAUUCGACAACAUGGUCCAAUGUGACUUCUGUCCCUCUUGGUGGCACUUCAAAUGUGCCGGAGUGGAUGCAACCGUAGAAAACAGGACGUGGAAAUGUAAAAACUGCGUUGCCAAAGGAAGUAGUCAAAGACCUUUGUCCCAAACGGGUUCCGCUCUCCAGCGGCUUCGUGAACGCCAAGAACUUGAAAGACAACGGGCCGACCUUGAGCUUCGACAGAAACAUCUCAUCGAACAAGAAACGUUCAUCAAUUCCGAGGAAUCUCGUAGUAAUCGCAGCGGGAUUAGCCCUGUCGGAAUUGAUCAACGUACGCAACAGUGGGUCGACAGCAUUGACGAACAAGCAUUUAUUCCGGAGCCGACAAUGUUAUUUAUGCCACCAGGGAAUCAAAUGUCAUCCGGUAUUCCUCAGCUUAGACGACAGUUGGCCCACUGUGAAGCGGGUAACUCUACGACCGAGCAGUUGGAAAAUUUACAGAGACAACUUCAACUGUGUCAUGAGUUUCUCGCUACAUUAUCAGCUGGUGAACUGCCUAAAUCGACUGGAAGCAACAAAUCCAUGGCUGCACAGGAAAAAUCCAAUGAAGGUUUGGGAAAUAGAACUGGAGCCAUCCCGAAAUCAGUCGCUACAGGAGCAUCAAUCAUUGGUCACCCGAUGACAAAUUCAAAGCCAGCAGGGGAGUACGUCCAACAGCAGGGAAGUGUAAUGCCCACAGAUUCUGCUGAGUCCGAAGCACUAACCCCAAACCACUUUCUACUGGGGAGUUCAAACGGAACUAAGCAACCUGAAGUACCCAUAGGGCAACAUAGGAACCUCAAAACAUCCUGGGAUUUGAUACAAAAGGAACUGAAUAUAUUUUGGGGUCGCUGGAUCAAAGAGUACCUUCCUGUUAUCCGACGACAGACAAAAUGGUUCGAGUCGAGUAAGGCGAUUGUAGCUGGGGAUUUGGUCAUGGUGGUGGACGCCAAGACACGCAACGGUUGGACGCGAGGUAGAGUAGCAGAAACGAUUCAUGGUCCGGACGGGAUUAUCCGUCAUGCAUUCAUCGAUACUAACAACGGUCGACUACGGCGCGCCGUCCAUUACCUGGCGCCACUAGACGUUGAAGAUAGCCGUGCAGUCUCGGAGUCAGUCGAGAUGCACCCGGGGGAGGAUGUUGGCGUUCCUGGUAACACUGCCGGGCUCGAUAUUGACGGAUAG